CUGUGGGGCUGGGACAUUCCUGGUCUGACGAACCAGCCGCACCGCUGCCAUGAUUUGCUGAGCAACUCGACACUGGCUUCAAAGAUGCGUGUGCGUGGACGCGGCGGCGGCACAGACCGAGAGCGAGACGCGGCGGCCAAGUUACAGUGACGGGUCGGACGCGGAAAGAGCGCGCGGAGCCGGGACGCCACGCUUUUACACGAACCCACGGACGCGGAACUUCGGCUCGAGUUUGGACCCAGGAACGGCUCCGCACCUUUGGCCGCGUCGGCAGCGCUGCUCCGCGGGUCCGCCAGCUUUCCUCCCGUCGCUCCGCUCGUUUUCAUGUUCCUCCCGUCGUCCCGCUCGUUCAGCCCGUGUUUAAUGGAGGGCCCCGUGCGGAUUUGCCACCAGAAGAAUGCGCCUGGCUGCUAACUCACCCGGCGGCUCGCAGCGUUUGCCCUCCCGCAACAGAGGUCUUCCAACCAGACGGGAGCAUUGGUGUCGAUCAACACGGCUGCUGACAGGGGUCAAAGGGCACCAUGGACAGUGGCCUAAGGGUCCUCCUGUCCACCGUGCUGUGUCUCAGCCAGUCUGUGCUCAUCAGCUGCUCGUCUCCGUACCCAUCCUUCCGCUCUGAGCCGGCCUCCGUGGUCCAGAGUCCGGGCUCUGUGGCCCGUCUGCGCUGCUCGGCGAGCCCCCCGUGGGCGGUGGUCUCGUGGCGCUUCCGCGGCCUCCCCCUGGAUGCGUCCGGGCUGCCGGGCCUGGAGCUCAGCGGGGCCUUGCUCACCAUCUCCUCCCUGGGGCCCCGCCACGCGGGCCUGUACCAGUGCGUGGCGCGCCUGGCCCGCGGCCCGGCCAUUGCCAGCCGCCUCGCGCGCGUGGCCGUAGCAGAAAUAUCGGAAUAUGAAGACGGCAGAAGGCGAACGCUGUCGGUGCAGGAGGGCGGCACGGCGCUCAUAGAGUGUCCUCUCCCGCACAGCGUCCCUCCAGCGCUUCCCAGGCUCCGAGUCCGAGGGGAGUGGAUAGAGGAGUCGGCAGGGGAUUAUUUACUUCUUCCCUCUGGAAACCUACAGAUCGCGUCCGUGUCCGCUCAGCAUCAGGGCACGUAUAAAUGCGGAGCUCUGAACCCUGUCACCGGUGAAACGGUGCUGCAGGCGCACGGCACCAAGCUGUCAGUGAGACACGCGCCCUCGCCGCCGCGGAUCCUGCACCCCACCGCCCCGGUGACGCUGUGGGCGCAGCAGUCGCAGCCGCUGACGCUGGAGUGCGUGGUCUCUGGCGCCGCGCCGGCCGCCCGGUGGUUCAAGGACGGCGAGGAGGUGGCGCCGCGGCCGUCGCACCGGCGGCGCCACAACAACCUGGUGUUCGCUAAGGUGACCAGACGCGACGAGGGGAGCUACGCCUGCAGGGCAGAGACGGAGCGCGGGCCCGUGCUCAGCGCCAACUACACGGUGAACGUUCUGGAACCGGCGUCCAUCACAGAGGGCCUCACCGACCAGCUGGUCUCCCCUGGCUCCUCCGCCCGUUUCACCUGCGCAGCCACAGGAAACCCGUCCCCGAACAUCACCUGGCUGCUGAACGCGGACCCCGUGGCCGCGUCGCCGCGCGUUCAGAUGUCUGGAUCCUCUCUCGUAAUCACAGACGUGAGCCCACAGGACGAGGGGAUGUAUCAGUGUCUGCUGGACAACGGCAUCGGCUCAGCUCAGUCACACGGGAUGCUCACAACACGCUCAGUGACGGAACCGCAGCCCGACCCGUCGCUCCAUCCCAUUCAGAGCGACGAGGGCCACGGGCGCUCGCUGACCGAGGACGAGGUGCCGGCGGACCGCGGCGCCGAGCGGCCCACUCCCGACGCGCCCAUCAUCACCAGCCCGCCCCAGACGCACAAGCCCGACGUGUACGACCUGGAGUGGAGGCCGGGUCGCGACGGAGGCAGCGCCAUCAACGCCUACUUUGUCAAGUACCGCAAGGUCGAUGAAAUGGGAACGGUGGUGGGGAGCUGGCACACGGUCCGCGUCCCCGGCAGCGAGAAGACCCUGCGUCUCUCGGAGCUGGAGCCCUCCAGCCUCUACGAGGUGCUGAUGGUUGCUCGGAGCUCGGCGGGCGAGGGCCAGCCGGCCAUGCUCACCUUCCGCACCGCCAAAGAGAAGAGCAUCUCCACCAACAAAAACCCGUCCAAGCCUCCUGUCGUCUCCAUGCCGCCCAAGGCCCCGGAGGACAAAACCCCCAACACACACUUUGGCGUCGUCAUCCACGACAGAGUGCCCGAGGCCCCCGACCGCCCGACCAUCUCCAUGGCGACGGAGAGCUCUGUGUACGUGACGUGGAUCCCGCGGGCCAACGGCGGCUCCCCGAUCACCGCGUUCCGCGUGGAGUACCGGCGCGGCCGCAGCACCGAGUGGCUCGUGGCCGCCGACAACAUCUCGCCGCUCAAGCUGUCCGUGGAGGUCCGCAGCCUGGAGCCCGCUUCCACCUACAGGUUCCGCGUUGUGGCCAUCAACUUGUACGGCGAGAGUCCGCCCAGCAUUCCGUCCAAGCCGUACCAGGUGCCGCAGGCCAGCCCGCGCAUGGCGGACCGGCCCGUGGUCGGACCCCACAUCUCGUCCACCGACGCCAUCAGCGACACGCAGAUCAUGCUGCGCUGGACUUACAGUCCCUCCAGUAACAACAACACCCCCAUCCAGGGCUUCUACAUUUACUACCGGCCCACGGACAGCGACAACGACAGCGACUACAAAAGGGACGUGGUCGUAGGUGUGAAACACUGGCACAUGAUUGGUCACCUCCAGCCCGAGACCUCCUACGAUAUCAAGAUGCAGUGCUAUAAUGACGGGGGCGAGAGCGAGUACAGCAACGUCAUGAUCUGCGAGACCAAAGCGCGGCAGUCCCCCGGCUCCUCCAGCCUGCAUCCCAUCACUCCUCCGGGCCCCCACGUGCCCGAGCUGCCCAGCCCCCCCGGGGGCCUGCUGUACCCCAUCGUGGGCUGCGUCUUGGUGGUGAUGGUGCUCAUCCUGCUGGCCUUCAUCGCCAUGUGUCUGUGGAGGAACCGGCAGCAGAACAACAUGCACAAGUACGACUCCCCCAACUACAUGUACCAGUCGGCAGAGAGGAACGGCCACGUGCUGGAGUACACGACGCUCCCCGCUGUCAACGGCGUCCACGGCGGCCCCAUGUUGCCCCCGGGCUGCCACCACCUGCACCUGAAGCUGCCCAACGGCCUGGCGCUGCUCAACGGCUCCAACGGGCUCUUCUCGCACGGCCACGAAGGCACGCGGGACUGCGAGCACUCGCACCCCCACCACCACCUCAACGGCGGAGGCGUGUACACGGCUCUGCCACAGACGGAGGCGCCCGAUUGCAUGAGCUGUCAGAACCUUUGCAACAACAACAGAUGCUACAACAAGACCAACGGCUCGUGCUCCGGCGGCGCUCCGCCCGCGAUGCAGCGCGUGGCGCCGUGCCAGCAGGACGGGCUGGAGAUGGUGCCUCUGGGCCACGGCGCGGACGCGACGCAGCCGGGCCGCCCGGAGGCCGACGGACGGCGGGCGGACGAGCAGCCGGAGGGGAGCGAGGGCAGUGAGGAGAGCAAGGAGAGCGAGGGGAGCGGUGCCGACGACGCGGAGGAGACUCUGCAGCGCACGGACACGGAGCGGCCCGCCGUGCGCUGGGGGAGCCUCGGCCCGACCCACUUGGACUGUGACGAGAAGCCCGGGUGGAUGUGCAGCAGCGGCCUGUCGGCGGAACUGAUCCAGCCGGGCCCGCAGGAGGCGUGAGCGUGGGCUGUGGAGGAACCGGGUCACAGACCCAGCACAGCGGGACAGUGAGAGCUGCACGCAGCCGGGACACUAGAGGACAGUGGGACACUAAACUGUGGAGAGACACUGAAAACCAGAGGAAGAGCGCGCGGCCCACUGGAGGGAAGCCUCUCCAAAGACGGAGAACUCUUUAGAUGACUUAUUUAUUUUUUUGUAGUAGUAAAAUAUUAUAUCAUGUGAAUGUAUCUGUUUCAAAGAAAAGUUUGUCUUUUAUAUUAUUUAUGCCUUUUGAAUGAGAAAUGCUCUUUAUUUUUGUUGUUUGUCCCCUUUGUGUUCCACUCGAGUGUGGGAAUUAGCAAUUGUGUAAAGUUUUGUAAUAAUAUAAAGAGGAGAUAUGGACGAGUAAAGGAGCUAUUUUCA